CAAAUAAUAAUAAAAACGUGUUCAACUCUGUUAACUCUUCAUCAUCAAGCCUUAUAAUUAAGCAAGAUUGAUAUCUUUUGAUGCCUACUAAUUGUGGACCAAUGUUCUUUCUUAAACACCUUUUAAAACCAUCAAUUCAUAAAAGUAAUGGUAUCAUACAUUCAUCAUUGAGGAACAUGGCAGCAUAUACCGCAGUGAAUGAGCCCAUGCUGGAUUUUGGGCCAGGAAGUCAGGAAAGGAAAGAUUUAGAAAAUACUUUGAAAAAAUACAUUGGUCAGACAAUUGAUGUGCCUAUAGUGAUUGGGGAUGAGGAGAUCAGAACAAAGGAUGUUAGAAAACAGCUUGCACCUCAUGAUCAUAGGUGGGCUGUGGCCACUUUCUACCAUGCAUCUUCUGAAAUCAUAAAAAAAGCCAUAGAAUCCAACCUUAAGGCCCGUGAAGACUGGGAGAAGAGACCAUUGAAGGAGAGGUGCGACAUUUUCCUGAGGGCAGCAGAUUUAAUUUCUAAGAAGUAUCGGAUGGACCUCAUCGCCACAACCAUGAUUGGACAGGCAAAGAAUGUGUGGCAGGCUGAAAUAGAUGCUGCCGCUGAGUUGAUAGAUUUCUUAAGAUUUGAUGUCAUGUUUGCACAGAAAACAACAGAGUACCAGCCCUUGAGUCCAUCACCAAACACCACAGUCAACAGCCUGUCCUACAGAGGGCUUGAGGGUUUUUGGGCAGCUGUUUGUCCAUUUAAUUUUACAGCAAUUGGCGGACAUCUUCCAAUGGCUCCUGCCUUAAUGGGUAAUGUGGCAUUGUGGAAGCCCUCCGACACAGCAGUCCUGUCCAACUACACAGUAUACAAGAUCUACAGAGAGGCGGGGCUUCCCCCUGGUGUCAUCAACUUCCUGCCAGCUGAUGGGCCUGUGUUUGGUGACACAGUUCUCUCCUCUCCAGACUUUGUAGGCUUGAAUUUCACAGGCAGUGUUCCAACUUUCAAGAAACUGUGGAAGCAAGUAGCACAAAAUUUAGAUACAUACAAAAAUUUCCCAAGGAUAAUUGGAGAAUGCGGAGGAAAGAACUUCCACUUCAUUCACCCCUCUGCUGACAUAGAAUCUGUUGUCACCGGCUCCAUAAGGUCGGCCUUUGAGUACAAUGGCCAGAAAUGUUCGGCUCUGUCCAGGAUGUACGUACCAGAGUCCCUGUGGCCCAAGAUAAAGUCCAGGCUGGUGGAGAUUGUGAAGGAUGUCAAGAUGGGCUCCCCUCUAGCCAGGGAGUCUUUCGUCACUGCUGUAAUUGAUGAUAAGGCUUUUGCAAGAGUGAAGAGUUACAUUGACCAUGCUAAGACAAGUCCUAGUUUGUCCAUCAUUGCAGGUGGCGGCUGUGAUGACAGCAUUGGAUACUUCAUUGAGCCAACUAUUAUUGAAACAAAAGAUCCACUGGAUAAAAUUAUGCAGGAGGAGAUCUUUGGACCAGUUGUCACAGCCUAUGUGUACCCAGACAACAAGCUGGGUGAAACAAUCAAACUAGCGCAGACAUCCUCGCCUUAUGCCCUCACUGGUGCCAUUUAUGUCCAAGACAAAGCUGCUAAAGCAGAGCUGACAGAGGCCUUCCGCUACUGUGCUGGUAAUUUCUACAUCAACGACAAGAGCACAGGGUCAAUUGUUGGUCAGCAGCCAUUUGGUGGGGCCAGAAUGUCAGGCACCAAUGACAAGGCAGGUGGUCCACAUUACAUGGCAAGAUUUACCUCCCCUGUUUCUAUUAAAGAAACAUUUGUUCCACAGUUGGCGUGGAGAUAUCCUUCAAUGGAGAAAUAAUCUUUUUGUUUCUUUGUUAUCCAGUAAGAUGUUUUUAAAUUACCUCUAAUAUAUUGAGAAUGUAACUUAAAGAGAUACAAAAAUGAUAUGGAGUAAUGAAAGUAGGAAUUAGUGCUUGUAGAUUCUGAGUGUGACUGUGAUUGCUGUACUACUAGUUUUUGAACAUUUAUGUUUGGUGAGGGCUAUUAGAUAAAUUCAUUGUUUGAGUGCUAAUUAGUGUUUAAGUUUCUGUGUUCACUUCCUACCUGGUGUUAUAGUGAUAACUGUGAUUACAAUUUG